AUUGAUUUUAUACACAGGCGAACAAUCACGGAAAGAGGAUAGUCCACAGCUGCCACAACACAACUAAUUUAUCAGAGAAAGAGAGAGAGCGAGAGAGAGUUGAAGAAUCGAGAGAGACGAGAUGGCGAUGCGCGAGCUAGUUUCCGGCGGUGCGGCGUGUGCAGUUCCUGGUUCGUCCUCAUCAUCGAAUCCUCUAGGCGCUCUCGCCAACGCGUUAAUCGGCUCGUCUUCCAAAACUCAGGAAAGGUUGCAAGAGAUUCCUACACAAUCCAAUGGAAUAUCUGAGGGCAAUUUAUAUCCAGGAGGUCAGGAGGCCAUUAACGCGCUUCCGGGAUCCGAACUUGAUCACCUACAGCAUCCGAGUAGCCAGGGAUCUGCAUUCCUUCAUAAUUUCCGAUCUUCAGAUCAGAAUCGAUUUGCAGAUGCUUGGGAUGACAUACAAACUCCUCAAAUGCCUCCUUUUCAGGGUAGAAACGGUUUAACUAAUUUUCCAUUGGAACAUACUCGGGUUCAACCAAAUUUAGAAGGACCACCACAACGAGUAUUAUCAAGUUUUCUGCAUUCAUUUGUCAACAGUGGCCACCAGGGUCUUCCACUCCAUCCUACUCAGCUUCCUUCUUUAGGAUUGUCUGAAGGUGAUAAAAAAUGCAUUCGUGACCGUAGUAGUAUAAUGGCUCGACACAUCUUUGCUGACAAGAGCGAGGACUUCCUUAAUUCUCAGGUAAAUGCACUAUUGUCUUCGUUAGAUAUUGAUACUGAUAUCCGAUCUCGAGGGGGGCCACCGGGAAGAUUUCAGGAGAUGGAGGAGUACUGGAAUGAUUCUCAAGUUAUGCAACCUAAUCCUCAUGCAGCUGAUGGAUGGAUUGCUGAAUUUGGCCAAAAUAGAUUGCAACUCGCUGACCCUAAUGCGUGGGCACACUCAUUUGAGAAGCAACAUGGUGCUAACGGCUGGGCUUCUGAAUUUGAGCAUGAACAGUCUCAACUUACAUCAUAUGAUCAUAUGAGAGGUGCAAGCAUUCCAAACUUAGCUGCUAUGGAGCAGACUCGUAUGCUGGCACACACUCUAGCUCAAAAUGACGACCCCAAGUUUCAGAAUUCGAAGUUUCUCCGGUUUUUGUCAAAGAUGAGUCAAGGAGAUUUCAAUAUGGAUGAAAAUCAAUUUAGGCCACCUGUAAUCUCUGCACCUGGAGACUGGGCAACUGAAUAUCAACAACAGUAUAAUAAAGGUCAAUCAUGGGCUGACCAGUUUGCACAUGAGGAGCUUGCUCAUGCACCUGAGGCGUGGGCCAAUGAAUUCAGCACUAAACAUGGGCCGGUUAAUGAUCAGUGGGUUGAUGAAUUUUCCAAGCUAAAUGUUCAAGAUUGGGCGGAUGAAUUUGGAGAUCAAAUGGGUAAAGGAGUAUUGGGAGACAGUUCUGCUGAUAACUGGGCUGAUGCUUAUGAUGAGUACGUGAAUGAGCAAGCAACUGCCAAACAGCGAUCAGAAGCUUCUAGAGGGGUCUAUGUCUUUUCAGAUUUAAAUCCAUAUGUUGGUCAUCCUAAUCCUAUGAAAGAAGGUCAAGAACUGUUUCGCAAGGGGUUAUUAAGUGAAGCAGUGCUUGCUUUGGAGGCAGAGGUUCUGAAGAAUCCUGACAAUGCUGAAGGUUGGAGGUUACUUGGCAUAGCAAAUGCUGAGAAUGAUGAUGAUCAGCAGGCUAUUGCAUCUAUGAUGCGCGCACAAGAGGUCGAUCCAACUAACCUCGAAGUCCUUCUAGCUCUUGGAGUAAGCCAUACAAAUGAGUUGGAACAGCAAGCUGCAUUGAAGUACUUGUAUAGUUGGCUAAGUCAUCAUCCGAAGUAUAGCACUAUUGCGCCUCCAGAACUGUUUGAAUCUCUGUAUUAUGCAGAUGUUUCGAGAUGUUUCAACGAUGCUGCUAAAAUGGCACCUGAAGAUGCUGAUGUCCACAUUGUACUUGGUGUUUUAUACAACUUAUCCAGAGAAUAUGACAAAGCCAUUGAAUCCUUUAAGACAGCAUUGGAACUCAAGCCACGUGAUUACUCCCUAUGGAACAAACUUGGUGCAACACAAGCAAAUAGUGUUCAGAGUGCUGAUGCAAUAUUGGCAUAUCAACAGGCAUUAGAUAUAAAGCCUAACUAUGUCCGUGCAUGGGCAAACAUGGGUAUCAGUUAUGCUAAUCAGGGCAUGUAUGAGGACUCGAUCCGUUAUUAUGUCCGGGCCCUUGCCAUGAAUCCAAAAGCAGAUAAUGCCUGGCAAUAUUUGAGAAUUUCUUUGAGCUGUGCUUCAAGAAAUGACAUGCUGGACGCCUGUGAUGCUCGCAAUCUCGAUGUUCUCCAGAAAGAGUUUCCUUUGUAAUUUAUGCUCAACAGUAAAUUAUACUUGGACAAAAAAGAGUCUCUUCUACUGAUUGGUCUCUGUGAGGUCUAUAUUCACCUUAAGGUAAGAAAGACAUGUCAUCACUUGUUCUUUAUUUUUAGUGCUGCAUCUGAACCUCUUACAACUGUGGGAGCCCAAGUCUGAAAGCAGCUUCUUAGGGAUGGUAGAAAACAAUGAGUGAUGAUCUGUGUACAAUUUGAAAAAGAAAUUAUAGUAUUACAGAUUACAGCUUAGAACCUGUAAGACUUAAAUUUAUGUACAUUUCUUGUAUAACGACGCUAUUGUACCAUGAUUAAGGAUACAAAUAAAAGUGUUCAAAAGAAAUAUAUAAGCAAUUUCGACAUGUUUAAAUA